CUUGAUUGGGAUAGCGGAGUUACAAUUCGGAGUUUGAAUAACAUGGACCUGGUGAACCAACUGAACGAGCUACUCGCCACUCUUCGAAUUCCAAUUCCCAUCCAAUCUCCUACAGACCUUACUCCUUCACUUCUCCUUGCAAUCCUAGAAUGUUUUCUAUCCGAACGGCUCCCGCUUUCUCCCAGUAUACGCCAGGCAGCGGUGUCGAAAUCUUCUGCUCGGCGCGAUGAAGCUCUCAAUGCUCGAGUGCAAUGCAUGAAGAUCUUUCUAGGCGUCUUAGAAACCGAUAUUCUCAAGAACGAUGACAUGGGCCUGAGCGGCGUCGACCCGAGGGAGCUGGCGGCUGGAGAGUACGCUGAGGUUACGCUCGUCGCGGAGGCCCUCUGUUGGAUUGGACGGCGGGCAGGACUCAUACAAGCAGAGAGAGACGCGCAUAGCCCGUCGACGAUGACAACGAUGACUCUUUCAAGCUCCCUUUUCUCAACUGGCGCAUCUGUCGUAGAGUCCAACACGAGUAUCAGCAACUCUGCUGCCUCGCCAGAACUCUCGCAGCGUACGUCUCCGAGAUGCAUUCACGAGGUACCCUCACCUUUGGCACUUUCACUGUCUCUAUUCCACGAGGAACAAGACUGGGAGACACCUGUUAGAAUGCCCGUGAGACGUACCGGCAUGAUUGAGCCUGUGGACCAGGACUGGGAAGUCGAAUCGUUUGAAUCAAGUGGAGCCCACUCGAGCAUGCAAUCACACUCGAGAAGCAACCAGAGUGCGCUCUACGACACUGACUACGGUGACGAGCAUCGGCGUACCGUAUCGUUACUGAAAGGGCGUGGUAGACUCUUGUCUGAAAUUGCCAAAGCGCAGAGGAAAGGCCUAACAUAGAGGUUCGAGCCAUGCUAUUAUGAAUCAUUCGUCUGUUGAUGACGUUGCUUUAGGACUCUUUUGGUUGAUUGACCGCCUCCAUCAUGAUAUUCCCAUAUUAUCUUGAUUCUUUUCGUCUCUGCUUCAUUUUUUCUUGUUUGCCAUUUUUGGUUCCCAACUGGCUCCUCUCAGAAAUUUUUGAUAGCU